AUGGAUCAGAACCCACCAAGUUCGUCGCAUGGCCAGCAAGGCCAGCGCGGAUCAGCUCCUACAUAUGAUACCAGCCAUGGAGGUCAUUAUGGUGCCAGUGCUGCGGUAAGAAACGAACACUUGUGGAAUCAAAUCAAGGAAGGGCAGAGAUACUGA